CCCCAGAGGUUAUAUCCAUGGUACAACACCACCUCUAGCCAUGGGCCUGUUGGUAAUACUUUGUUUUUUAAUCUUCCUGGAGAAAAGUUGGGGACAAGAACAAACAUACGUCAUUUCAGCACCAAAAAUACUUCGAGUUGGAGCCUUUGAAAAUAUUGUCAUUCAAGUUUAUGGUUACACUGAAGCGUUUGAUGCUACAAUCUCUCUUAAGAGUUAUCCUGAUAAAAAAAUUAGUUAUUCUUCGGGUUAUGUCAAUUUAUCCCCAGAAAAUAAAUUUCAAAACUCUGCCUUCCUAACGAUACAACCUAAACAAUUGUCUGGAGGACAAAACACAGUUUCACACGUGUAUUUGGAAGUUGUAUCAAAGCACUUUUCAAAAUCGAAAAAAAUGCCAAUAACCUAUGACAAUGGAUUUCUCUUCGUUCACACAGACAAACCUGUUUACACUCCACACCAGUCAGUAAAGGUUAGAGUUUAUUCACUGAAUGAUGACUUGAAGCCAGCCCAAAGAGAAACUGUUUUAACUUUCCUAGAUCCUGAAGGAUCAGAAGUUGACUUGGUAGAAGAAAAUGAUUACACUGGAAUCAUCUCUUUUCCCGACUUCAAGAUUCCGUCCACUCCUAAAUAUGGUGUGUGGACAAUUAAAGCUAAAUAUAAGGAGGACUUCUCAACCAGUGGAACCACCUACUUUGAGAUCAAGGAAUAUGUCUUGCCACAUUUUUCCGUUUCAAUAGAACCAGAAAGUAAUUUCAUUGGCUACAAGAAUUUUAAGAAUUUUGAAAUUACUAUAAAAGCAAGAUAUUUUUACAAUAAAGUGGUCAACGAUGCUGAAGUUUAUGUCUUUUUUGGAAUAAGAGAAGAUAUAAAAGAUGAUCAAAAAGAAAUGAUGCACAAAGCAAUGCGAAACAAAAUGCUGAUAAAUGGAAUUGCUCAAGUCACAUUUGAUUCUGAAACGGCAAUUAAAGAGCUGUCAUAUAACAGUCUAGAAGAUUUAAAUGACAAGUACCUUUAUAUUGCUGUAACAGUUGUAGAGGCUACAGGUGGAUUUUCUGAAGAGGCAGAAAUACCUGGCAUCAAAUAUGUUCUCUCUCCGUACACACUGAAUUUGGUCGCUACUCCUCUUUUCUUAAAGCCUGGGAUUCCAUAUUCCAUCAAGGUACAGGUCAAGGAUUCACUGGACCAAUUGGUAGGAGGGGUCCCAGUCAUCCUGAAUGCACAAACAGUUGCUGCAAACCAAGAGACAUCUGACUUGGAACCCAAGAAAAGUGAAUCAAGUCUCAGUGAUGGAGUGGCUUCGUUUGUGGUUAACCUCCCAUCUGGAGUGGUGGCGCUGGAGUUUCGUGUCCGAACUGAUGCCCCAGAUCUUCCAGAAGAAAAUCAGGCCCAGAAAGAUUACCAAGCUGUGGCAUACUCGUCUCUAAGUGAAAGUUACCUUUAUAUUGACUGGACUAAAAACUACAAAGCUUUGCUUGUAGGAGAACAUUUGAAUGUCAUUGUUACUCCUAAAAGUCCAUAUAUUGACAAAAUAGCUCACUAUAAUUACUUGAUUUUGUCCAAGGGCAAAAUCGUACACUUUGGCACCAGGGAGAAACUUCCAGAUUCAUCUUAUCAAAGUAUAAACAUUCCAGUGACACAGAAUAUGGUCCCCUCAGCCCGACUCUUGGUCUACUACAUCGUUACAGGAGAGCAGACAGCAGAAUUAGUAUCUGACUCAGUCUGGUUGAAUAUUGAAGAAAAGUGUGGCAACCAGCUGCAAGUUCAUCUGUCUCCAGAUGCAGUUGCUUAUUCUCCAGGCCAAACUGUGUCUCUUAACAUGGAAACCGAGUCAGUCUCAUGGGUGGCGCUAUCAGCCGUGGACAGUGCUGUGUAUGGAGUCCAAGAAAAAGCCAAAAAGCCCAUGCAAAGAGUAUUUCAAGCUUUCGAGAAGAGUGACCUGGGCUGUGGGGCAGGUGGUGGCCGUGACAACGCAGAUGUAUUCCAUCUAGCUGGACUCACCUUCAUCACCAAUGCAAAUGCAGAUGAGUCCGAAGAAAAUGAUAAACCUUGUAAAGAAAUUCUCAGGCCAAGAAGAACUCUGCAAGAGAAAAUACAAGAACAAGCGGCUAAAUACAAACAUCCGGUGCCCAGAAGAUGUUGUUUAGAUGGAGCCCGUCGAAAUGACCACGAAAGCUGUGAGACGCGAGUUGCACGAGUCACCAUAGGCCCACGCUGUAUCCAAGCUUUCAAUGAAUGUUGUAUCCUUGCAGACAAGAUCCGAGCUAAACAGCCUAUUAAACCUAUCCAGUUGGGAAGGCUACAUAUAAAGACUCUAUUAUCAGUAACCAAGCCCGAAAUUCGGAGCUACUUUCCAGAGAGCUGGUUAUGGGAAGUUCACCAUGUUCCCACAAGAAGUCAAUUGCAGUUAGUGCUUCCUGAUUCUCUAACCACCUGGGAAAUUCAAGGUGUUGGCAUUUCAAACAGCGGUAUAUGUGUUGCUGAUACUCUCAAGGCAAAGGUGUUCAAAGAUGUCUUUUUGGAAAUGAAUAUACCAUAUUCUGUUGUACGAGGGGAACAGAUCCAAUUGAAAGGAACUGUUUAUAACUACAGAAUUUCUGGGGUGAUGUUCUGUGUUAAAAUGUCUACUGAGGAGGGGAUCUGCACAUCAGGAAACCCUACCAUUGGCCAUCAGGGGACACAGCCUUCCAAAUGUGUGCGUCAGCAAGUGGAGGGCUCUUCCAGCCACUUGGUGACCUUCAGCCUGCUUCCUCUGGAAAUUGGCCUCCAUAACAUCAACUUUUCACUGGAGACUACAUUUGGAAGAGAAAUCUUAGUAAAAACAUUACGAGUAGUGGUAAGAAAAGCAAUUUGGUACAUGUCUUUCAGGCUUCCCCAUACUCACUCAAGACAAAUCUAUCAAGUGUGUCUUGAAAUAUGUGUGCUAGCUAUUGAAGAUAAAGCAACAAACAAGGCACAACUGUUGCAUUUAAAGAAUGUACAGUCUAGAAAACUUUCCAUUUAUACAGGUGCUAUUAGCAGGCGAAAGGAGUUUCCAUACAGGAUACCAUUAGAUAUGGUUCCAAAAACAAAUGUGAAAAGGAUCUUGAGUGUAAAAGGGCUGCUUAUAGGUGAGGUCCUGUCGACCGUCCUGAGUCCGGAAGGCGUCGAUAUUCUAACCCACCUCCCCAGGGGGAAUGCAGAGGCAGAGCUGAUGAGCAUCGUCCCGGUAUUCUAUGUCUUUCACUAUCUGGAGGCAGGAAAUCAUUGGAAUAUUUUUCAUCCUCAUUCAUUAACUAAAAAACAGUACCUGAAGAAAAAAAUAAAAGAAGGGAUGGUGAGCAUCAUGUCCUACAAAAAUGCUGAUUAUUCGUACAGCAUGUGGAAGGGUGGAAGUGGUAGCACUUGGUUAACAGCUUUUGCUUUAAGAGUACUUGGACAAGUAAAUAAAUAUGUAGAGCAGAACCAAAAUUCAAUUUGUAAUUCUUUAUUGUGGCUGGUUGAGAAUUGCCAAUUAGAAAAUGGAUCUUUCAAGGAAAAUUCCCAGUAUCAACCAAUAAAAUUACAGGGUACCUUGCCUGUCGAAGCCCAAGAGAGCACCUUGUAUCUGACAGCCUUUACUGUGAUUGGAAUUCGAAAGGCUUUUGAUAUAUGCCCACUGGUGAAAAUCAGCACUGCUCUCACUAAAGCUGACACCUUCCUGCUUGAAAAUACCUUCCAGUCCCAGAGCACCUUUACACUGGCCAUUGUGGCCUAUGCUCUUUCCCUCGGAGAUAAAACACACCCACAGUUCCGUGCCAUUGCUUCAGUCCUGAAGAAGAAAGCUUCAGUUAAAGGUGAUCCACCCAUUUACCGAUUUUGGAAAGACAACCUCCAACUUAUAGACACCUCUGCACCUAAUGCUGGUACAGCAGGUAUGGUGGAAACCACUUCUUAUGCUUUACUCACCAGCCUGAACUUGAAAGAGAUGAAUUAUGUCAACCCAAUCAUCAAAUGGCUAUCAGAAGAGCAGAGGUAUGGAGGUGGCUUUUAUUCAACCCAGGAUACAAUUAAUGCCAUCGAAGGCUUGACAGAAUAUUCACUCCUCAUUAAACAACUCCAACUGAACAUGGAUAUCAAUGUCUCCUACAAGCACAAAGGUGACUUCCAUCAUUAUAAGGUGACAGACAAGAAUUUCCUUGGGAGACCUGUAGAGGUGCCUCUCAGUGAUGACCUCGUCAUCAGUACAGGACAUAGCAGCGGCUUGGCUACAGUACAUGUAAAAACUGUAGUUCAUAAAACCAGUACCUCGGAGGAAGUUUGCAGCUUUUAUUUGAAAAUUGAUACCCAGGACAUUGAAGCAUCCAGAUACAGUGGCUUCAGUGACUCAGGAUACAAGCGCAUAACAGCAUGUGCCAGCUACAAGCCCAGAAAAGAGGAAUCAUCAUCUGGGUCCUCCCAUGCAGUGAUGGAUAUCUCUCUGCCUACUGGAAUCAGUGCAAACCAAGAAGACUUACGAGCUCUUGUGGAAGGAGUGGAUCGACUAUUAACUGAUUACCAAGUCAAAGAUGGGCAUGUUAUUUUGCAACUGAAUUCAAUUCCCUCCACUGAUUUCCUUUGUGUCCGAUUCCGGAUAUUUGAACUUUUUCAAGUUGGACUUCUGAAUCCUGCUACUUUCACAGUAUAUGAAUAUCACAGACCAGAUAAACAGUGUACCAUGUUUUAUAGCACUUCUGACACCAAACUUCAGAAAGUCUGUGAAGGAGCAACAUGCAAGUGUGUAGAAGCCGACUGUGGGCAAAUGGAGCAAGAAUUGGAUGUGACAAUCUCUGCAGACAGUAGGAAAGAAACAGCAUGUAAACCAGAAAUUGCAUAUGCUUAUAAAGUUAGCAUCACAUCCAUCACGGAGGAAAAUGCUUUUGUUAAGUAUACCGCAACUCUUCUGGAUAUCUAUAAAGCGGGGGAAGCUGCUGCUGAGAAAGGCUCUGAAAUUACCUUCAUUAAAAGGGUAACCUGUGCAAAUGCUGAUCUGGUGAAAGGAAGGCACUAUUUAAUUAUGGGGAAAGAAGCGCUCCAGAUAAAACACAAUUUCAGCUUCAGGUACAUCUACCCCCUGGAUUCCUCAACUUGGAUUGAAUAUUGGCCUACAGACACAACGUGUCCGUCGUGUCAAACAUUUUUAGCUAAAUUAGAUGAGUUUACUGAAGACAUCUUUUUAAAUGGCUGUAAAAAUGCCUGAAAAAAGUUUUGUUGUGUGUAGUUUUCAUUUACGAACUCCUCUUUUUUCUUUCUUUUUUUUUUUUUUUUUUUUUUUUUUUUUUUUAACAUUCACAGCUGCACUUCUUUGGAAAGCUCACGUUCCUUAAAAUUAAUGGCACUUGCUUUUUUUAAGGGGCAAUUUUAAGAGCUGUAACUUUCUGAAAUAACAUGGCCUUGGGGGGACAUGAAGACAGAUCCUCCCAAGUUUACUGGACACUAGAAGCAAUAAACUGGAACACCUCCUAAAAAUCUAUCACUCAGGAAUGUUUGCUGGGACCAAAAGAAUGGCCUCAUUGAAAUGGAGGAUCUUACAAAAACAUGGCCUUUGCUUGAAAUAAAAUACCAAGGUACUGAAAACGGAUCAUUAAAGCUUGAUUCUGCUUUCAAAA